ACAGAAGAAAAUAACCAGAAAACAGGACUGCAGUGCAUGUCAAGUGAGUAUAGUUUUAAUGGGAGAAGCUGAGUUAACAGGAUGGAAAAGGUGAUCAACUGUUUCAAGAAAAGGCCUGAUGCUGUGGCUAGACUCAUCUGCUUUCCCUGGGCUGGAGGAGGCUCCAUACACUAUGCACGAUGGGGAAAUGUACUCAACAGCUCUAUAGAAGUGUUUGCAGUUAAACUUCCGGGCAGAGAGAGUCGAGCCAAAGAGCCGUUCUUCCAAAACAUGCAGCAGAUUGUGGAUGAAGUUAUCAGUGUGCUGCUGCCGGUGAUGAAAGAGAAACCAUUUGCCCUUUUUGGCCACAGUUUUGGUGCCUUCACCAGUUUUGCUGUAGCAGAUGCACUGAAGAAACUUCACAACAUUGAACCAGUUCACAUCUUCCUGUCUGGAGCUUCUGCACCAUAUUCAGAGAUGCGAAUCAACACCCCGAAGAGAAGUGAGUUAUCGGAUGAGGACUUCCUCCGGUGGAUGAGUUCAGUUGGAGGAACUCCUCCUGAGCUUCUGUCCAACCCUGAGGUCCUGAAGCUUUUCCUUCCUGCGCUGAAGGCCGACCUACACGUUGUCGAGAGCUACAAGUGUAACAAGCCUGAGACUCCUUUUCUGUCCUGUCCCGUCUCUUGUUUUGACGGAAAGGAAGACAUUCCACAUGACUUACAAGCUUGGAAAGACGCCACAACAGGGGACUUCACUGUCAGAAUGUUUGAUGGAGCUCAUUUUUAUCUGAAGGAUUCAGCAAAUGAAAAGGUUUUAUUAGACUAUAUCACAAAGCAGCUGGAAACAUCAGAAAUGGACUAUUUAUAAAUCGAAAUUUUGCAGGUUCCUGAAGUGUAAAAUCCAAUAAUCUGAAUUAUUUCCCUUCAAACGUCUUAAAUUUAAUUUUGACCAGACUUUACUGAAUAUUACUUAUUGUUCUGUAUCAUUAAAGUCCAGAUCCAGCACGAAUGGAUGUGGGAUAAUUCUUAAAUUGCCAUCAUACUUCUCUCUAAAGUCUAAAAUUGAAAUACUUGAAAUCUGCAGAAACAAUGUACAAAGAUAUCUGUAAAACAUGUAAUAUAUGUUGAACACAAUGUUUUUUACUUAGUCAUUGUAAUAUAAUUAAAUUUUGUGAACAUUCUACAAGUUUAAAGUGUAUAACCUGUGUCGAUUUGUAUGUUGUUUAACUGCUGAAACAAAUGAAACAUCGUGUUUUCUCAACGAAUUGAACAUAAAAGUGAGACCAUGAA